GGAUUGACAGUCGCGGCUAUCCAAUCAAAAGCGGGCCUUCCCCACCAGCAAGGCGGGGGCGGGCCUGACACCGAGAAGCCCCGCCCUCGUCGACAUGUUACGUCAAAAUCGCCAUGGCCAGCUAUCCGUACGGGCAGGGCUGCCCAGGAACUGGAGGACAAGCGCCUGGAGCGCCUCCGGGUAGCUACUACCCUGGUGGAGGGCAGUAUGGCAGUGGGGUACCCCCUGGUGGCGGUUAUGGAGGAGGCCCUGCUCCUGGAGGGCCUUAUGGACCACCAGGUGGUGGAGGGCCCUAUGGGCACCCCAACCCUGGGGGACUCCCCUCUGGAGCUCCGGGAGGACCAUAUGGUGGUACAGCCCCAGGGGGUCCCUAUGGUCAGCCACCUCCAAAUUCCUACGGUGCUCAGCAUCCUGGGCCUUAUGGACAGAGACCUCCUCCAGGUGGCGCCCCCCCUAAUGUGGAUCCUGAGGCUUACUCCUGGUUCCAGUCAGUGGACUCUGAUCACAGUGGCUACAUCUCCAUCAAGGAGCUGAAGCAGGCUCUGGUCAACUCCAACUGGUCCUCUUUCAAUGACGAGACGUGCCUCAUGAUGAUAAACAUGUUUGACAAGACCAAGUCAGGCCGCAUUGAUGUCUACGGUUUCUCAGCCUUGUGGAAAUUCAUUCAGCAGUGGAAGAACCUUUUCCAGCAGUACGACCGGGACCGCUCAGGCUCCAUUAGCUACACAGAGCUGCAGCAAGCUCUGUCCCAAAUGGGCUACAACCUGAGCCCCCAGUUUACCCAGCUCCUGGUCUCCCGCUACUGCUCGCGCUCUGCCAAUCCUGCCAUGCAGCUAGACCGCUUCAUCCAGGUGUGCACCCAGCUGCAGGUGCUGACGGAGGCCUUCCGGGAGAAGGACACAGCUGUGCAGGGCAACAUUCGGCUCAGCUUUGAGGACUUCGUUACCAUGACAGCUUCUCGGUUGCUGUGACCAGCCCAUUGUAGAGAGUGGCAUGUACCAGGGGACCUUGCCUGGCUCCGUAUAGUGGAAGAAGCAUGUGGGCCUCUCUUCUUUUCCUGCCCCUCCUAGAAAAAGAUUCUCCCUUGCCUGACGCUGCACUGUUCCACAAGAAGGCUAGGUGUCCUGUGUCAUAGCCACCAAAUAGUGGGGUCCUGGGAUGAGGCCACACCGGUAGGGGCCUGCCCUAGGACAGGACUGGAAGUUGAAUGUCUUACAGCCCUGCGCAUUUAAGAGGCGCAGCCAUGCAGCAGUAACAGGAGACGCCAGUCGCUGCAAAGGGGUUAGUGUCCAGCUGGCCGGGCUCCGGCCUCCGGCUUCCCCUCCUGCGCCCCAGCACCAGCAGUGUCGCCCUUCGCACCUGUGUCCCCUCACCCGUGCUGUUCCCGUUUCUCCAAAGUGGAAUCUGACCAAGGAGGAGAAAGAUUUGCCUGGGGGAACAGUGGCUCGGAUCCCACCACCCCCACUAGUCUGUGUAUGUUAACUUCUGGGGGCCGUCCCUCCCCAGGGUGCCUAGACAGUCUGCUCUCUGGGCAUGUUGGGCCAGGCUACUGCCCUCUGCAGCUCAGACUCCUCACUAGCCCACCAUUCUCUGCUUGGCUUCAGUCCCCAGGGGGCAGUUGCUGCUCCCACUGCCAAUGCUUUUGUAAAAUUUUGUUUAAAAUGUUUUGUUCAUUUGGGGCCAAAAGUCCAGUGAAACUAUAAACUUCAAUAAAAUGAUAAAACUCUGUUCCACAUAUUCUA